AUGUCCCGCCUCGAUAGUCUCCUGAAUCCCGAGCAAGCAGAUGAGCGCGCCUGGAGGCAAUAUAAUACAACUCCGCCAACUUUACCCGGUCCUAAUAGUCUGGCCGGUCCAUCUACUGGCUAUCAACUCUACGCGGCGCCCGCCUAUGCCUAUGAUCCUUCUCAUCACCCGCACGCUGGCUGUCCGAACUCGUUACGCUGCCUGUGGGACACUAAUGAACGACCGCUCAACAUGCCUGAGGCGCUCGUCCAGUGUGCAAUCCUAGGCAGCCCUGAACGGCGUUUAACGGAAGACGGCAUCCUCGACGCGUUGCAGAGCAAGUACCCGUACUAUCGAUUAGCCCAUGCGGCGCUUGAACUCCAGAACGCCGUGAGAACCGUGUUGGUGCAGAUGCCGUUCUUCACGCGCGUACCGCCAGCAUCGCCGUCUGCAGGCGGAGGCGUGGUGGCGGACUCUGAAGAUGAAUAUUGGACUGUUGAUCUAUCCGCCGUUGCAUAUGGCCGAAGCUCAUACGCGUCACACCUGCGGUCCUUUAGCAGCGAGACGGAGUACCUUACCCGAGAGUCGGGCAAUCGUAGCGCACCUAUUGGCUCACUCUCUGCUCAGAGCAGUAUUAACCGGUUGGCGUCUGUGCCUGUGGUCAACGUUGGCGCUCCUCACAUCGCUGCGGGAUCGCUCGCCUACAUCUCACCACAUGCGGAUCAUCCUGGAUGUCCGGACUCGCUCACUUGUCUGCAAGAUACGGACGAACGCCCCGGCUACACCCUCCGAACCAUCAUCACCUGCACGAUUCUAGGCAGUCCAGAGCAACGUCUAACGCUCCGGGACAUCUUCCUAUACGUCAAGGCAAAGUAUCCGUUCUUUAAAGUUCAGAACAAGACGUUCGAGCAAAGUACGCGACACAUGAUGUCUAUGGACAACACCUUUCAGCGCCAACCACGAAAGUCGAACGAGCCGGGUUUCGGCUCCUUCUGGAUCGUGGAUCUUAACGCCCAACCUGGUACAAAGCGGCCCCGCUGGCGCGCUCCGAGAAUUCCCAUCCCGCCUGAAGAACAGGUCAAGCAGGGCCGCGGACGGCCGCGCAUGUAUAUGCCCCUACCGAAAUCACAAGGUGGCAAGGUGCCGAAACCGCGCGAGCGGGCGGGCGCGUCUACUUUGAGCGCAGCGGCGGGCGCCCCAGGACGCGAAGUCGGCAUUGCCGACGGCUCGGCAACGUACUCUGCACACUCUUCAUUUCCUCCCGGCUUCGAUCCUUCUGCAUCGAACGACGCCGAUGCCGCGGCAAACGUUGACGACUCGGAGGAUGAAGGUUCUACUACUGGACUCUCGUAUCCCGAAGGCUAUUUCAGCAAGAUGGUCAAUCGCGACGGCAUACAUGAGCUGCACGAGAACUGCCCGAGUUCUCUCCGCUGCCUGGACGACACGAACGAACGCCCCAAAUAUACCUACGCCCUCUUGCUGCGGUGCACCAUUCUCGGAAGUCCUGAGGGUCGUCUCACUCAGCGCGAGAUCUUCGCCGACAUCAAGGCUAAGUUCCCCUACUACCGUACUGCGAACGCGGCAACAUGGCAGGGCUCAAUGCGCCAUCAACUCUCUCUCAACCGUCUUUUCGAGCUUGAAGAACGGCCACCCACGCUUGGGCCCGGUCAAGGUGGGUAUUGGCGCGUAAACCUCAACGCGCCACCGGGUACGAAGCGCCCUCGAAAACGUGGUACUCAGGAUAACAGGAGUGCUGCUCCACCGUUGACUUAUGGCGCACCUGCUGUCCGAAUGGACGACCGUCAACCCGGGCCGUCACAUCACCUGGCGCCUGUGAAUUACCACUGGGGCGGUCAAGGCGUCCUGGAUCCGGCUCUGCGUGGACAAGGGUACGCGGGACAUUAUGUAGCGGGUGGAAGCCACCCAGGCAAUGCUUUCGCAUCACAAUGGAGUAGCACCCGACGAUACGACGACCAUCCGAGCCCGCAUGGCGGUGACGUGCAUCUACAUGAACAGGACCCCAAUACAUACAGUUGA